AUGAUGCGUGGUUUCAAGCAAAGAUUAAUAAAGAAGACCACCGGGUCUUCUUCUUCUUCAAGCAGUAAAAAGAAGGACAAAGAGAAGGAAAAAGAAAAAAGUUCCACUACCUCAUCCACAUCAAAGAAGCCCGCUUCGGCUAGUAGCUCUUCCCACGGGACUACUCACAGUUCUGCCAGCAGUACCGGAUCAAAGUCUACAACUGAGAAGGGCAAGCAAUCUGGUAGUGUUCCCUCGCAAGGGAAGCAUCAUAGUAGCUCUACAUCAAAAACAAAAACAGCGACGACCCCUUCUUCCAGCAGCAGUAGCAGUAGAAGUUCAAGUGUCAGUCGCUCCGGUUCAAGCUCCACAAAGAAAACAAGUUCAAGAAAAGGACAAGAACAGUCCAAACAAUCGCAACAGCCAUCACAAUCUCAAAAGCAAGGAUCUUCUUCAUCAUCUGCCGCUAUAAUGAACCCCACUCCAGUACUCACUGUUACUAAGGACGACAAAAGCACUUCUGGUGAAGAUCAUGCACAUCCUACUUUGCUGGGGGCAGUAUCCGCUGUUCCAUCAUCUCCCAUUUCAAAUGCUUCAGGUACAGCAGUUUCUUCUGAUGUAGAAAAUGGUAAUAGUAAUAAUAACAAUAUGAAUAUUAAUACUAGUAAUACUCAGGAUGCAAACCACGCCUCCUCACAAAGUAUCGACAUUCCGAGAUCAUCACACUCAUUUGAGAGACUACCAACACCCACAAAACUUAACCCUGACACAGAUUUAGAGUUAAUUAAGACUCCCCAACGUCAUUCUUCAUCUAGAUUCGAGCCAUCUAGAUAUACGCCAUUAACGAAAUUGCCAAAUUUUAAUGAAGUUUCUCCUGAAGAAAGAAUCCCUUUGUUCAUUGCCAAAGUUGACCAGUGUAACACUAUGUUUGACUUUAAUGAUCCAAGUUUUGACAUUCAAGGUAAAGAGAUUAAAAGAAGCACCUUAGAUGAGCUAAUAGAAUUCCUUGUAACAAAUAGGUUCACUUACACGAAUGAGAUGUACGCUCAUGUGGUGAACAUGUUCAAAAUCAAUCUGUUUAGACCUAUUCCACCACCAGUAAAUCCAGUUGGUGACAUUUAUGACCCAGAUGAAGAUGAACCUGUUAACGAACUAGCCUGGCCUCAUAUGCAAGCUGUUUACGAAUUCUUUUUAAGGUUUGUGGAAAGUCCUGAUUUCAAUCAUCAGAUUGCUAAACAAUAUAUUGAUCAGGACUUUAUUUUAAAGUUACUGGAAUUAUUUGAUAGCGAAGAUAUCAGAGAAAGAGACUGUUUGAAAACGACACUGCAUAGAAUAUAUGGGAAGUUCUUAUCAUUAAGAAGCUUUAUUCGUCGGUCGAUGAAUAAUAUUUUUUUGCAAUUUAUUUAUGAGACUGAGAAGUUUAACGGUGUGGCAGAAUUGUUAGAAAUUUUGGGUUCCAUAAUUAAUGGAUUUGCACUUCCAUUAAAGGAAGAGCACAAGGUUUUCUUGGUGAGGAUAUUGAUACCAUUACACAAGGUCCGUUGUUUAUCAUUAUACCACCCUCAGUUGGCUUACUGUAUCGUUCAAUUUCUCGAAAAAGAUCCUUUAUUAACCGAAGAGGUAGUUAUGGGCUUACUGCGUUAUUGGCCAAAAAUAAAUUCCACAAAAGAGAUAAUGUUUCUAAAUGAAAUCGAGGAUAUUUUUGAAGUGAUCGAACCGCUGGAAUUUAUUAAAGUAGAAGUUCCGUUAUUUGUUCAAUUAGCUAAGUGUAUUUCUUCUCCACAUUUCCAAGUGGCGGAAAAGGUUUUAAGUUAUUGGAAUAAUGAAUAUUUCUUAAACUUAUGUAUCGAAAAUGCCGAAGUCAUCCUACCCAUUAUAUUUCCUGCAUUAUAUGAAUUAACUUCUCAGUUAGAGCUAGAUACAGCAAAUGGCGAAGAUAGCAUUUCAGACCCUUACAUGCUUGUUGAGCAAGCAAUCAAUUCUGGUUCGUGGAAUAGGGCAAUUCAUGCUAUGGCAUUCAAGGCAUUGAAAAUUUUUCUGGAAACAAACCCAGUAUUGUACGAAAACUGUAAUGCAUUGUACUUAUCAAGUGUAAAAGAAACUCAACAGCGUAAGGUGCAACGUGAAGAAAAUUGGAGCAAACUUGAAGAAUAUGUAAAAAAUCUAAGGAUUAACAAUGAUAAGGACCAAUACACAAUCAAAAACCCAGAAUUAAGAAACAGUUUCAACACAGCAAGUGAGAAUAACACAUUAAAUGAAGAGAACGAAAAUGAUUGUGACAGCGAGAUACAGUGA